AUGGCGGCCAUGGCGGCUGAAGCGCGGAUCUGGUGCUCUGAUGUGAGCGGUGUGCCGCAGACCUUCUCUGAGCCAAUCUCGUCUGACUGGAAGGACUCUAACAAUCCUUGUUUGUUUGGCUUCCACAUGCAGAUUAACGCUUACUUUGUGCAGGCAGCCAAGUACCUGGUCAUCACCAUCCCACGCCCGCCGGAAGAUUUGUAA